AUGUCAAUCCUUUCAAUUUCAGCUUCAUCUUCUUCUUCCCUUCUUCCCAAUGUCUCAUUCUCCUCCUCAAAAUGCUGCUCUUCAUUUCUCACCCCACCAACCCACACCAACAGCAACCCAUUUCUGCCCAUUGUGAAAUCCAAGAAGAAGAAACCAGUGGGCGUGACCAUGAGCGUGGAGGCAGGCAUAGGAGUUAUGGCCACGAAGCUCGGCAUGAUGAGCUUCUUCGAACCCAACGGCAAAGUUGUCCCAGUCACAGUGGUGGGUUUCAAAGAAGGCAACAUAGUGACCCAGGUCAAAACCGAGGCCACAGACGGAUACGAUGCCGUUCAGGUGGGCUACCGCAGAGUCAGGGACCGGAAACUAACGAAACCCGAAAUGGGUCAUCUCCAGAAGGCCGGUUCAAUCCCCCUGCGCCAUCUCCAGGAGUUUCGGCUCCAGAGCGUUGAUGGGUUCGAGCCAAACCAGAAGCUUUCGUUCGACGAGCUCUUCAACGAAGGAGACAUUGUUGAUGUCUCUGGAACCACAAUCGGGAAAGGGUUUCAGGGUGGGAUUAAGAGGCACAAUUUCAAGAGAGGGCAAAUGACUCAUGGGUCCAAAAGUCACAGAGCUCUUGGGUCAAUUGGGGCUGGAACGACGCCAGGGCGGGUUUACAAGGGGAAGAAGAUGCCUGGAAGAAUGGGAGGGACCAAGACCAAGAUCAGGAAGCUCAAGAUUGUGAAGAUUGAUAAGGACCUCAAUGUUGUUAUGAUCAAAGGUGCUCUUCCUGGUAAGCCUGGCAAUCUUCUUCGCAUAGCUCCAGCUAAGAUUCUUAUGGUCCUGUUUGGUGCUUAA